AUGGAUUCGGUCGACCAUGGCCUGAGCGAUUUGUAUGCUGAUGACAAGGGCAUCGUUAUGUGGCAUGUCGAGGCCGAUCAGAUCUUUCUUUUGGAAGCCGAUUAUAGGAUCGUCUUCUGUUGGUGGAAGGAUUGUGUUAAUCCUUAUGACCUUCUGGGGCGGUUCCUUGGCGGUGUCUCGAUCUUCAAUCCGCUGGAUGGCCUGCUUCGCGAUGAACUCCGUGCAGUGACCCUCUUUCACGAGUUCUUCAAGGUGUGCUUUCCAAGCGAGGCAGUUAUUGGUAGUGUGCCCGUGUGUCCCAUGGAAGGCACAGUAUUUGCUUGUAUCCCUCUUGUCUGGAUCUCCUUUCAAGGGUGGCGGUCUUCUUACCCAAGUAGACUUUUUUGCGGCGAUUCGAUCGUCAUCCCAGAGCGCGUAGCGUUCCGCGGUCGCAUAGACCUCUGCCAGAGUCUGGCUGGGAGUGAUAGUCAGCUCGCGGUACAAGUCGUGUUCAGCUGGGAGGCCUUUCUUGAAAGCAGAUGA